AUGGCAUUCCCACGCCCAGGAGGGAACUCCUCUCUACAACAGUCAGAGCCGUUUGUCGACUCGGGGUUCGACAUCUUCGAGUGGCACGAGCAGUUUCAGUCGUGCGUGCGCUACUUUGUAGACCACGCCCAGCACCACGGGCCGAUACAGGCGGUGGCGGCCUUUGUCAACAUCCAGCUGCCGUUCCAGAGCGCCGUGCGGCCCAUCCUGUCUUCCGCGGGCACCGCUUCCCCCUCUCCGGUCCCGGCUCCAGGAUCCUCCUCCUCCUCCUCCUCCGCCUCCCGGCCGCCGCCGCCGCCGCCGCCGCAGAGCAUCCCGCUGGGAGCCGUGCACUCGCCCUCGCCGCUGUCGCGGGUCUCGCUGGUGCCCUACAUACGCCGGCUCGUGGCCACGGGGUUCGACUUCCCCGCCGUCCUGCACGGGUUCUUCGGGGACGACUGGAUGGCCGGCAUCGGGCCGCUGCUCGAGGCGGAGCGGCGCAACUACCUGUUCGCCGCCAAGAGCGACACCUGGCUGCAGGUCAAGACGAGCUACGACAUGGCCGACGGGCAGACGGUGCCGUUCCUGCGCCCGCUGCAGAACGUCUCGGAGAAGGAGAUCGUCGUGGCCGAGACCAACUGGAGCGAGUGGCUCGCCAUGCAGGACUGGAUGCUCGGGCCCCGGGCGCCCGAGGACGAGAGGGGCGGGAUCAAGCAGGAGGACUGA